UAAAGGCAGAUAGCGGGCCAUGGGGAGUAGGGGAAAACUUUUUAUACUGACAUGUUAGCGCAAUGACUUUUGAGUAACAUCAAACUGGGACGAGGCUCCCGGCGCGAGGAGGACAGGGCCCUGUACGGCAAGAGAAAAGGAGCACUUGCCAUCUGCCCGGGUACAGGAACGGAAAAAAGCAAGACGGCUAGAGAAUUGAGACCAGUCCAAGAAUCAGCGGUGGAAAAUCCAGUUUAGCCAUUUGAAUUGAAAGAUGAGCUUGUUGUCUGCCAUAGACACGAGUGCCUCCGUGUACCAGCCUGCGCAACUUCUCAACUGGGUCUAUCUCUCUUUACAAGACCCCCACCAGACCAGCGCUUUUGACGCGUUCAGACCCGAGCCCAACUCUUCCCACCCGGAUCUCAAUUUCAGCAAGACUCCUGCAGCGGCGGACUUGAGCUCUUCCCUGAACUCCAACUAUCUCAACAACUUCUUUCAGCUGCAGCGGAAUGAGGCCUUAAACAACAAUGUGUACAAAAAUGUGUCUCCCUAUGGCUCCUUAAACAACAUCGUGGAUGGCCUCAACUCCCUGACGGACCAUUUUUCAGAUCUCUCCCUUUCCUCAGAGCCCAGAAAACCCAACAAGAGACCCCCACCCAACUAUCUAUGCCACCUGUGCUUCAACAAGGGCCAUUACAUCAAAGACUGCCCUCAGGCCAGACCCAAAGGAGAAGGGCUGACACCGUACCAGGGGAAAAAGAGAUGCUUCGGAGAAUACAAGUGCCCCAAGUGUAAAAGGAAGUGGAUGAGCGGAAACUCCUGGGCCAACAUGGGUCAAGAAUGUAUCAAAUGCCACAUAAAUGUCUAUCCACACAAACAGCGCCCUUUAGAGAAACCAGAUGGCCUGGAUGUUUCUGACCAGAGUAAGGAGCACCCGCAACACCUGUGCGAGAAAUGUAAAGUUCUUGGCUACUACUGCCGCCGUGUGCAAUAAAAUCAUCUUCAUUCGGAGCCUGAGAGCAACUUUUAGGUCCCAAGUUGCAUUGCUCAUCUUCCAUCAAGGCUUCCUCCAUCCAGGUUUUCCACAUCCCUGAUCUGCACACGAAAUUGGUGUCCUUAACCCCCACAGCUUCUCAGAAACCUCAAACAUGGACUGUAGCUCUAAUUCUCCAAUCUUCUGCCCCUCUUAAAACUUUAUCCGUUACGAUUUCUCCUUUUUGGUUGACAGUAUUGAAGAUUACUUCCAGGAAUGAGAGGUAAAUGUUGCCUUGGGUUCAAUCUCUCAAAAUAUUCUUCAUGAAAACAAAAACUUGCCAAAUCUGUCUUUUUAUGCCUCAUGCAUGAAAUAAUAUCACAGCAUUGAUCCAACUUGACGUUUAACAUCAUUUAUACAUUAUUUGGUUGAUUAAGUGUCAGUCAUUGGUGUCACUGAUCGUAUUGGUCUCAAUAGAUUACCUCACCUUGGGGUUUUUGUUGGCUUUGUGUUUACAGAGAUCUGCCUUCCAUUUCCCUGCCAAGUGAAUUGUGUGUUUCCUAAUGUGAUGAACGUUUAACCCGGGUCUCUCACGAUGGUAAAUAUUUGAGGCCUUUGAUGUCUUGCCAUAUUAGGGUCAGCAGCACAUCUUUUUAACUGUGAAUUAACUGAGGGACAAUGUGCCAUAUUUCCCUGGCUUACAUUUGGCCUAUUUAUUUUCUUGUCGUCUAGUGUGCAAUUUGAAUUUUAACUGGGACAUAAAGAAUUGUUUUUUUGUA